AACGACGGUGUGGACAGAACCUACGAUCCUGCUGAGGCAUCUGACGUCGAUCCUACAGGUGAAACUACACGCACAGGUGAAGAAAACAACCCAAUCGGAAGCCCAAGCGUCCGUGCUGACAUCGAUCUUCAUAUCACAUGCGAGACAAUUCCUGAUAUUUCUGCUGAGUCAAAUUCACUGCAUCACGGAACUGCAAGGCGUGACACCACAGAAACACGAGACAGUCCUAGCCUCUUUUCAGAAUUUUGGAACUUCAAUCAGACACCGAGAAAUACGCUACCUACAUCUAACGUACGAAGUGAGAGAGUUAUCCUCCCACUUGGAAGUGCAGCUACUGACCCAUCAACAGUCGUUCCUGAUAGACAUCCGCAACUUAAUCUUCUACCUGCGGGAGCUACGCCUGCUGACUCUGCUGGAACCGCUAAUUCCGGAAAUCAACUCGUUGCUGAGGAAAUUGGACAACUUCCCGGGAGCAGUCAACCCGAACAACGUGCAGUUGGCGGAGGAGAUCAAACAAACACUCUCCCAAAUCAAGGUCCGAUUGCAACGGUUUCUACCAUCCCAUACGGCGGAGGACGUACCUCAACAAACCGCGGCCCAACAACCAGCACACCGUCAAGAGGAGAGGACCGUUCACCGUCCACGACAGGUGCGAUUCGCCGACCACCACCCUAUUCGCUUCUCCCGUCGUCGAUGUUCGACCCGACGCCCACGCAUACUGAUUACGCCACCCAGGAGCGUCGCAGACGUUACAGCGAAUCUCGAUCAUCUACGAGCAGCAUUUCAACACAAUCUCACAAUUCAAGACAGGAGAGCUUAAGAGCGCAAGAAACAAAUCCUAAGAACAUGGCUCAAUGUCCUUCCCCUAGUAGAGCAGCUACAGCUAGAGAUCUUGAUGAUUUCCAGAAUAAUCAGCAUACCUUUUCCCGUUUGCAAUUACUUUCCUCGUUUUCCGGAAGUCCACUUACGCGUUUCGACUCUUGGCUAGAAUCUUUCGAAGCUAUAGUAGACACAUCAGGAUGGUCAGGAGAGAAAAUUGUCCAAAUGCUUCGUGCUAAAUUAACAGACAGAGCUUUUCGCGUAAUUCAGGCCAUUUUGAAAGAUCUUCCGCAUGAUUAUGAUUCGGUCAAAGAAGCUUUGCUCGAUCAUUUUCACGGUGACGAAAAUGUUGACUUAUAUCUUAAGAAAUUUAAUAAAGCUAAGCGUAAGCCAGGCGAGAAAAUCGUUGAUUAUGCCCUUCGACUUCAGGAAAUUUUCAAGCGUGCAUAUCCUGUAGCUCACUCUGAGAAGUCUUUCGCAAUUAUUUUAAUGCAGAAAUUUAUUGAAGGCUUAGAUUCCAAACUACAGACGAAAGUUAAGUAUAAGGACUUUAAGGAUUUUGGCGAACUAGUUACUUCAACACGGACGUAUGCUAGUAGACUAGAAGCGUUAGAAAAAGAUCGUGAAAGGCAGGAGUUUAUUCGGUCUAUUGAUGGCACACGUGGCACCAAUAGCGCAGAAUUGACAGAGCUUAAGCAAAUGAUAGUAGAUCAGAAAGAAAUGAUGAUGAAGGCAGUGGCUAACGUUCACCAUGAAGACAAGCCUGUUGUGGAAAAGAAAACUGAAAGUGAGCAGAUUAGGGAUGUUCUUAGUGAACUCGUGCAGAGCGUAAAGAAACUCCAUCUCAAUAGGAAAGACGUCUCAUACCCUUCAAACACACAGUAUAGGAAACAAGUCUCGUUUCAACCGACUUUAGCUAAUCAGCAAGAUGGUAACGUGAGAGCUCCGCAGCAGCGCUUUAAUAACAAUAAUGGAAAUAGACAAUUUGUAAACUCCCAAAAUAGUUCUACAAACAGUAGUCCGCCAGCCCCCAGACCUCCAAAUGAUUUCAAUAAUCGACCUUUACAGUCGUCGGUUGUUUGCAAUUUUUGCGGUUACCGAGGUCAUAUUCAGGCAGAUUGUCGCCGUUAUCAACGUCAAGGACUAGAACAAGCUCAGCCGCCUAUUUGUUAUUCUUGCCGUGACAUCGGGCACAGAUCUAACAAUUGUCCUAAGUUCAGAAACAACAAUAGACCUAACAUUCCCGGUCCUCCCCAAGAUCAGGAAAACCACUAGGAAUCAACUGUAGCUUCGGGUCAGUUGAUGAAGAGCCCUCCGCAA